AGAAAAAUUAACCAUACAUAUCUUUCGCGUCUACCGAAAGCUCGAAUAUCCGCGAAACUGUUCGGAAGUUAAUUCCCAUUGAAAGGCCGCUAAAAUGGAGAAGAAUUCAAAAUCCAGCGGGAGGAAACGCCGAAGAGAGGAAGAGAACGAAGCGGAGGGUAGAGAAACAGAUGAAUCCUUAUCACUUGAAAGUAGUCUCACAUUUAGUGAUACAUUGAUAGCUCUACGGAUAAUGCGUGCUCAGUUUCCACACAUUGAUAAGGUUUCAAUUCAGCCCUUCAUUUUACGUUCACAAUUGUAUAGCAGCAUAAAAGACAGAACACAAGUGGAUAGAGAAUUAGAGUCACUGAAGAAGGAGAAAGUUUUGCGGGUAUUCAAAUUAAAUACUGGGCAAGAUGAUAAUGCUGUAAUGUUCAUGGAUGAUUAUUUAACCCAGAUAGGGCUUGUGAUGAAGGGGUUGGAAGCCAAAAACCAGGACAAAGUUGCUGUUUUUGAAUGGUUCAAGACGUAUGUUAUUGCUUCCAAGCUAGAGCCUAGUAUAGAACAUCAAGAACUGUGUGCACUAUUAUCGUUUGGGGGAAAGGUGAAAGAUGAACACUUCUCUCUCUUGAUCAAUGCUGGUCUUCUUACUCGUCAGCUAAUUGAUUCAAACAUGUACUGGUUUGCUAUUCCAAAUAUUGGCUCAAUACUCAAGGGUCUUUCUCAGGGAAGAAAAGAGCUCCUAUCAUUCCUUAACCGUAGGAAAUACAAAGAAAUGUUGCUUGCCCCUCUGGAGAAGAAGCGCCUUCGCAUGUCUCCACUUGAUAUGCGCUUUCAUCUUCGGGAUCUAAUUGGCUCUGGGCACCUGAAAACAUUCCAGACCCCAACUGGCUUGGUUGUUCGGGUCUCUAGGGAUUGA